CCCGGAAGUGCCGAUGCGGGUGCCGCCGCCGCCGCCGCUACCUGCGCGGAGCUAGGAGCCCAGGACCCCAACAGGCCGAGCCCGGUGCCCGCCGCCCUGCCGCCCGUGGCAAGCCGGCGCCUAGGCAGCUGCAUCCCCCUCCCUUGCCCCAGGUCCCACUCCACCCCCAGGCGACCCGCCCCCGCCCGGAGGAGGAGCCGAGGCGAGUGGGAGGUGGAGGGAGAGGUUUGCUAGAGGGAGCGAGGCCGCGCGAGCCGCCGGCGGUUCGUAUUACCGGGGUCGGGAGGAGGGGCCGGGCCGGGCCGGCGGGCUAGCGGAGGGCGGGCGGGAGGCGCGGAGGAGGCGAGGGCAGCCUGGUUAGGAGGAGGCGGGCGAGAGGCCGGGGGCUGCGAAUUAGGCGGACGAGCUCUAGUCUGCAGGGCUGGGGGCGCCCUCCCACUCCGCAGCCGUCCGCCAGGGCCGUGGCGGCCAGGCCUCACCUUCCCGCAGGCCCGGAGCCGCCCGCCGCCGAGGGCUUGUCCCUAGGGCCGGGGGAGCGUGAAGGUGCGGGCGCGGGGCCCGGGACGGCGCGGCCAGGUGAUGGUGGGUCCCUGUGCUUUUGAAGAAAGGGGACCCCCAGAGCAGCCGUGUCCCCGGGCUGCCCCCGUGAGGCCCUUGGACAUCAGCCUUGGGCAAGUUGGGCAACUGUGAGAUUGCCCAUCUCCGUUAAGUGUCCUUAGGAUGCAGUGAUUGGGGAUCAGGUUCUCCCUCCGGGAGGGGCACUGCCUGAGCUGGGGGACUUGGGUGCAGAGAAGGACAGAAUGAUGCUGUCGGAGCAAGCCCAAAAGUGGUUUCCAACCCACGUGCAGGUCACAGUGCUCCAAGCCAAAGGUCUUAAGCCAAAAGGCAAAAGUGGCACCAAUGACACAUACACUAUAAUUCAGCUGGGCAAGGAAAAGUACUCCACCUCCGUAGCUGAGAAAACCCUUGAGCCAGUCUGGAAGGAAGAGGCCUCCUUUGAGCUACCCGGCUUGCUAAUGCAGGGCAAUCCAGACAAGUACAUUCUUUUCCUCGUGGUUAUGCACAGGUCCCUGGUGGGGCUGGAUAAGUUUUUAGGGCAGGUGGCAGUCAACCUCAAUGACAUCUUUGAGGACAAACAAAGAAGGAAAACAGAGUGGUUUAGAUUAGAAUCCAAACAAGGAAAAAGAGCCAAAAACAGGGGUGAGAUAAAGGUCAAUAUUCAAUUCAUGAGGAACAACAUGACAGCAAGCAUGUUCGACUUAUCCAUGAAGGACAAGACCAGGUCUCCCUUUGCAAAACUGAAAGAUAAGGUGAAAGGGAGGAAGAACGAUGGGACGUUUUCUGACACGUCUUCUGCGAUCAUUCCGAGUUCUCACUUGACGGAUGCCAAUUCGGAGUUUUCGAGCGGUGAGAUACAGAUGAAAUCCAAACCAAAAAAGCCUUUCCUUCUGGGUCCUCAGCGACUCUCCUCAGCACAUUCGAUGUCUGACUUAACGGGGACCCACGUGUCUUCCGAGAAGCUCAAGUCUGGCCCCGCCGGUCACGCGCAUCUUCUUGGCCGCCAGGUAGACUCCUUUGGAGCCGUUCCAGAAAGCGGAAGCCUCAAGUCUCCGCACAGAAGAACAUUAAGCUUUGAUACUUCCAAAAUGAACCAGCCCGACAGCAGCGUGGAGGAAGGCGAGUCGUCUUUCGGGAGACAAAGUGACCCAUUUACCAAUGUGACUGCCUCAUUACCCCAAAAAUUUGCAACACUGCCAAGGAAGAAAAACCCAUUCGAAGAAAGUAGCGAAUCCUGGGACAGCAACAUGACUUUAUUUUCGAAAUCCGUUGAAGUAAGAAAGGAAAAUAAGAGAGAGAAAAGGGAGAAGGUGAGCCUGUUUGAGAGGGUGACUGGGAAGAAGGACAGCAGGAGAUCCGAUAAACUCCACAAUGGGGCGGCCGGCAGCCCCUGUGACUUGAAAUCACCGAAUGCAUUUAGUGAACAUCGGCAGGACUAUUUUGAUUAUGAGUCAACUAAUCCGUUUACAACAAAAUUCAGGGCCUCCCAUAUAAUGCCAUCUUCAAGUUUUCCUAUGAACCUGACAAGCAGUGAAGACCUCAGGAAAAUCCCGGACAGCAACCCUUUUGACGCCACGGCGGGGUACCGCAGCCUGACCUACGAGGAGGUGCUCCAGGAGCUCGUGAAGCACAAAGAGCUCCUGCGGAGGAAGGACACCCACAUCCGGGAACUGGAGGACUACAUCGACAACCUCCUGGUGCGGGUGAUGGAGGAGACGCCCAGCAUUCUCAGAGUGCCCUACGAACCGUCCAGGAAGGCCGGCAAAUUCUCCAACAGUUAGGAAGCCAGUUGUACCGUGCUUUAUA